CAAUUGACUCAUGAUUUAAACUAUAAAAUUAUUGAAAUAUCCACAAAACCCCUUCUAAAAAAUAGAUUAUUACAAAUAACAUUACAGACUAAUCUUAGCUAAUCAUUCAUUUAAAACUGAGAAGGAUCAAACAUCUCUUUUCAAUGAUUAUUUAACUGAAAUCAGACCAUGUAAUUAACUCCCAAAAACUCCCUAAAUAGUAAUGUAGAUUAUAUUUUAAAUCAAUCACAUUGAAAAUACCGAUUAGUUUACUAAAAAGCAACCAAUACUUACACUAUUAUAGAAAAAAGAAAAGUUUAAAUAUGAAUAACAUCAUAUCUGAUACAAGAUAUCUUUAUUUAUCUUCUUUUCGUAAGCCGGAAAAAGAUUUCCGUAAUAAAUGUUCCUGAAAUAACAAUAACUAAUAGUCACAAGAUUAAGUCUUCUAUUUGUAGUUGCGUACAAAAUCUAGAUUAUAAAUAGAUUUACAGGUUUGUAAACAAGACAUGAAACACACAUUAUCACUGUAUAACUAGCCAGUACCUGGAAUUCAUUGGAUUUAGUAAUAAUGUGGCUCUCAACAUAAGUAACAUGUAACAACAAUCGGUAGUGAAAACCCUGGCAGUAGAAAACUAAGAAGAUCUAAUUGAAGGGAACAGAAGAGAAAAUAGAAAGGAAUUAUGAACUUGAAGAAUCACAUAGAAUGUGAAGGACAAAUUACAGAAAUUUGCAAACGAAUUAUUUGGUGUUAGGUUCCUAUAUUUCACUAAGAUACACAAUUGGUCGUCCCCACCCACGUUCGCGUCCAUAGCAGUAUCACUGAAUAAACUUCGUAUUCUAUCUAUCAUAGAAGAGUGACUUUGAAAGUGAAGAAAAAUCACUAUGAUUAGACACAGAGCAAGAUAUUUGUUGCAGCAUUAUAUACUUCUAUAUAGCUUAUUAACCAGUUUGAAUAAAUAAAACAUUGGCAAAAUGAAUAUAUUAAAUGAUAAGCAUAAUUCAGUUAACAAUAUCCAUUACGCCACAGAUAGCAAUCAUAUUUCAUUUGAACCAUGUAGCCUGUCAUUUAUGGCACCAAAAUGUUUGACUAUUUCCUAACGUCUGACUUAAUAUAUCACAUAAAUGACAGGAAAUGAAUUAUAAAAAUGUCAAUGAAACUAAUAUUGUCAGUUUCCUUUUUUUUUAAUUACUAAAACUGUCUCUAAUAAAGUAUAGGUAGUUUAGCAAAAUGUGCAUCAAUGUCAAAAUAAUCAUUUCUGUACAUGCAUCAAGUUGAUGUUUGUUAAAAUUAUUGUCAAUUUGGAAUAGAGUGAGAUCUAUUAUUACUUUUUUCAACAAAUGUUAUCUUUCAGAUAUGUUCAGUGGAUGAUGUACAUUUCUUUGACGAUAUCAUUUUAUUUAUACUAUCUUAGGUUUAUGGAAAAGGGAUAUACAUGUCUGUUUAAGUCUACCGUUACCUUAAAAUACGAAUAAACAAAUGCAUACCUUGUGUAAAAUGAGAUAACAUAACAAUCUAAAAUAAAUUUACUUAUCUGUUUUUGGUUUGAUUUACUGAUUUCCUAGAAUAGAGAUUCAUGAGGAAGAUAUCUCAAGUAAUUUCAUAUGUUUACAAUAGUAGGGAAUUGUCUAUUUUUGUCUAAAUUAAUGUUAUGUAUGAAUGGUGAGAGCAUGAUCCCAUUUACUAAUAAGAACAAAAAUCCUCCAAAAUAGUAAGGAAUCUUAUAAAUGACAGACUAACGGACGAAGAUUUACAUCUGUUGAUAAACUUAAACAGUUUAUCUGGAUAGGAUAGAGUACACUUGGCUACAUUGUGAAAACUAAUAAAUAAUAUGUAAAUAAAUAAUAAUCUAUCACUCCUACACACUUUUUAACUCAUAUUGUAGAUAAUAAUGACGUACAUCCGGUUGUCUAGCCAUCUAUUACGUCUAGAGAUGUCUUUGAAAACCAAUUUGACUGACAUAACAACAAAAACAUACAUACAUUGUAUAUGUUUGCAUUUUUAACAAUCAGCAUAUAUUCUGAGAAGUAUAAUUUGCCGCUAUCAGACAAAAUAAUAAAUUAUUCCCGACCCUUGUCUAAGGUCAUAAAUGAAUAUUAAUUUUUACAUAAGAACUCAAUACGCAUGCAUACACAUACUUCAUUUGAAUUCAUUUGUUCACUUUACAAACCCAUAUUCAGCAUUCUAACAUGACUUGUUAAGUUGUUUUGUAGCCCUAUUCAGUAAUUUAAGUUGUUACAUUGAAGAAACUCUUUUCUGAGUGAAGAGAGAAAAGUCAGGACAACUUUUUAUUUCAAUCGUUAAAGAUUUUACAAAUGUAUAGCUGUAAGUUGAAAUUUUAAUCUCCAAGCCGAAAAGUAUUUUCAUCUGACCGGUAUGACGGUUCCAGUUUGUUCAAAGAACAGUACAAGUGAUAUUUAUCUAUUAAAUCAGUUUGGUAAUGAAAAAUAUCGACUACGGUUAAAAAUUUAUAUUAUUUCGGAUUUGAAGGAAACUGCUAACCAUCUGUUAAAGUAUUUCCAAGUGCCAUGAUAAUUAAAAAGGCAGUUAAAUUCAAGAAGAGACGUAAUAAUUGAAAGUUAGAAGCAGUUUUUUUCACAAACGUAUCUCAACUAAAGAGCGAUCGAUCAGUGAACCAAUAUUUCGUCGUUAUUUUGGACUUUUCUUCUUGUGAAAAUACAUUCUCUCUCAUGACACAGGUUACGAUAUACAUGAUCUUAUUUUGAGUACAAUAAAUUCGAAAUAAAUGAAUCGAAUUUUUUAUUGUAUCCAAUUACUUACUGUCCUGCUACUUACUUCACCGACUACAUAGAUCAUCAUCACAAUUGAUGGUUCAAUAGAUCUCAGAUUAUCUCGCUGGUGGAAAAGUAACUGUUAUUUAAACUAAUGAUAUCUGAAAAUCACCAAAGUGUACAAUUUGUUCCCAAAUUGAAUUUAUCUUAGACAGAGAUAGUUGUUAUUAAUCUCGUUAAUCUUCAGCAUUCAGCAUAAAUUCUAUUUACAAUAACAAGAAUAUAUCAUUAAAAGCUGGUGGUAGCGACGAUAGUUUAUUAGUGAAUAGUAACUUUUAAUUUAACCAUUUGAGGUCUUCUUAAUUAUAUGAUUAUAGUUUAUUAGUUAACUAGUGAUCUAAUAAAAUCGAUAAAGCCAAUUUAAAACCUAAAUUCCCAUAUUCCGGCAAAGUUAGAGAAAUUAUAGUAUGAAUUAAAUAAAUAAACGGGAUAAUGAGUAAUAUGAUUCUUCCAAAAACCUACUAUUUACUAACCAAUCAUCUAUUAAGCUUGAAAUUGCAUUGUUAUCAUAUUUUGAAGUUUAGCCCAUGACAUCAUUGAAGUUUUUUUUUAGCAUAGUUCUUUUUUAAAGGAUGAGUUUACUAACUCCAUUCCCUACCUUUCUCCUUUAUCCAAUACCCCUUAGAAAGACUCUAAAAGAAGCUGUAGUAACUAAGUAUCAGGUCACAUUAUGUUUCUUUUAGCCGUUUUUAUUUUUUUUUCUAUUUUAGGAUUUGAUCAAUGCAGCAAAUACCGCCAUAUAUUUAAAUACUCAAAUCAAUUCAAUACAUUAUUCUUCAAUAUCAAAUAUAACAGCAAUCAAUAAUUUUAGAUUAAAUAGUUUACCAUUAUUUGAACAAUAUAUUAAUUUCCAUGGUACAUCAUUAAUGUCUUAUUGUUCACCUGUAACAAGUUUUCAAUCCAAUUUUUAUUUACGUAAUAUAUUACAAACAUAUGUACAACCAUUUGUAAUAUUCUUUACAAUUAUUACAAAUUGUUUAAUAUCAAUUAUAUUAACUUAUCCAACAAUGCGUAAUUCAACUAAUAUUAUAUUAUUAGGUAUAGCUAUAUGUGAUUUAUUAACGGUAUUAUUACCAUUACCAAUUUAUUUAUGUUUUUUAACAAGUGAUAUAUUUACAAAAAAUUUAACAAUUUUCAAAGGUUAUAGUGUAACAUAUUUAACUACAAUACUUCCAACCGUAUGUCAUACAUCAUCAAUAUGGUUAACAGUAUUAUUAGCAUUACAAAGAUUUAUUUAUAUACAAUAUCCAUUAAAAGCUAAUUAUAUUUUUAUAUGUCAAUGGAAAUCAGUACAAUUAUUAAUUAUAUUAACUAUAUUAGCUGGUUUAUUAUUACAAUUACCACAUAUGAUUGUAAUGCAUUUUAUUAAUGCAUUAGAAUAUUGUUUCUUGUCAUCAUCAUCUGAAUCAUCAACACCAACAUCAUCACCGUCGUCAUCAUCAUCAUCAUCAUCAUCGCCAUCAUCUCCAACAACAUCAUCAUCAUCUAUCCCCAUCAACUCAUCUUUAUCAAUAUCAGAAUAUUUCAUUGAUUCUCAAUAUAUUUCAUAUAUAUUUAAUACAACUGAAAAUAUAAAUUAUUAUAAUUAUAUAAGAUUUCAAAAAAUUAAUUUAAUGAAAUGUACACCAAUGAAUCAAACAACAUUUUUUACAUUAUUAUUAAUACGUGUAUUAAUUGUUAAUUUAAUACCAUGUAUUAUGUUAACUAUAUUAACUGGUUUAUUAAUUAUAGCAUUAAAACGUUUUAUAAAAAAUAGACAAAAAUUAUUAAAAAUUAAUAAUAAUAAUAAUAAUUCAUUAUCAUUUUAUAAAAAUAAUAAAAAUUCAUUGAUUAAUAAUAAAAAAAUCAAUAAAAUAGAAAAAUUUAAUCAAUCUAAUGAAAAAAAUCAAUUAAAUUUAUUAAAUAAUGAAAAUCAAUUAAUUACUAAUCAAUCAAUCAAUAAAAUUCAUAUAAAAUUUCAUUCAAUCUCAUUACCAACAUCAUCAUCAUCUAAUACUAAUAAUACUACUAUUAAUAAUAAUAAAUUAUUACGUAAUCAUUUAACAGAUACAGAUUCUACAUCUAAAAUGAUGCUUGUUAUAUUAGGAAUAUUUUUAUUAACAGAAAUACCAACUACAAUAUGUUUAUGUAUUUAUGCAUUUAUUACAUUAUUUGAUAUUUAUCCAUCAUCAGCAUUUUAUCAAAUUGUUGAAAUAUGUAACUUUCUGGUGAUAUUAUCUUAUCCAGCAAAUUUUUUUGUAUAUUUGGCUAUGUCAAGACAAUUUAAAAAUACAUUUUGGGAAAUAUUUAAUCAAUUACGUCGUAAAAAUAAUAAUCGUUCUAUUAAUGAACAAUCAAAUUCUAAAUUACAACGUUAA